UGAGUAGAAUUGAUGCUAUAUUUUUUAACACUUUAUAUUUAUUUUUCUUUCAAAGAAGGAGAAACUGAUACUGAAAGGAAGCAAGAAGAGAAGGGAACGGUAAUGAGUUUCAUUGGAGUAUGGGCAGAUCUUGAGAAAGUUAUCAUUUCGAAGAAGGAAAAUUUGACACCUCGGGAAGCUAAUAUUCUUCAUUCGUGGAAAACUAGAUUUCUGAGCGAUUUCUCUGCUAGUGCACUUGCUGGGGGUGCAGCUGCAUGGACUGCAACUCGGAAUCUCGGUAAAGCACAAGCACUUCAAGUCAACCUUCCAGGCACACCUUUCAGUCUCAGUAAAGCAAUCAGAGCCUACCUUUCAGUCGGAGCUGGUACUAUCUGUGGACAUUGGCUAGGUAAUAGAAUAUUGUAUUCUCGUGCAGAUCUGAUUCUUGCAAUGGAUGGUAGCACAUUGCAGAAGGAGUUAGCGAAUAUAAUGGUGACAAAAUACCAGAAUGAUCCCUCCGUGAUGCGGCUUAUAUCUAAGCAUUUCUAUUUGGAGAGGAUUUUUGACGAUUCGAGUAAUAAUCCUAAAUUAAGAUGGAGAUACCGGAAUUUCUUUAGCGAGGCAGUCCAUGGUCGUAGGACUCAUGAUCAAGACUCUUAUGAUAAAUCCGAAGACCAUUCUCGUUAUGAUUCUAAUGAUAAAUCCCAAGGCAGGUCUGAAAAUGUCACCAACAGCAAAAAACCAAAUCAUGAGAUGAAGCAUACUUUUAUAAACACUGCUCCUGAUACGAUGUGGGAGUCAGACCCUCUUGAUUGUGUUUUUGGUUAUGCUCAUCCUUUGGAAGAGACAAUUCAUUCUGAUUCCCCCAAUAAACAACCAUCAAGAACACAGAAUCGGGCUCAUAGAAGAUCUCGCCGUUGGCGUCGGAUGAGGAAUCAUGAAGACCUUUCCAACUCUGAGCCUACAGCAGCUGUUUAGAUCAAUCACCCCUGGAACCAUAUUUCACAGACGAAAUAAACAGGACUGUUUUCUAUUACUAUCUCCCAGGAACAGUUUAUUAGUUGGAAUCUGAAACUGUAUUAGCUUUAAUUUAGUAGAUAAAUUAGAGGUUAAAUUAUUGAACUUGCCAUGCACAUUAUUUACUUUUGGUGAAGGUUGUUGCUAGAACCAAGAAUCACUGAAUUGUGGAAACAGCAUGGGCCUGAUAUUGGUGGAGUAAGGCAUGCUAGUUUUCAACAAUUCCAUCAAAGAUUGCAAGCCUUACCAUAGU